GCAUGUGGUUAUUGUGUCCGUCGGAUUGCUAAUUUUGGAACAGUUUUUAAGAGGACAUUUUUACACGCUGUAAUGACGCAAAGUUGCGAAACAACGAAUUGUAACAAUGAGGCGACGCUUCAGUGCCCCACUUGCAUUAAAUUGGGAAUCAAAGGCUCAUUUUUCUGCUCGCAGGCGUGCUUUAAAGGCUUCUGGAAAGAGCACAAGGUGAUCCAUGCAUUAGCUGCCGGUGGUCAGAAGCCUGUCGUUGAUGAUGGUGUUUACAAUCCAUGGCCGCACUUUCGCUUCACCGGCAAACUGCGUCCGUUUCCUCAGACUCCCAAACGUGCCGUUCCAGAGGCAAUCCAGCGUCCAGAUUACGCAGAUCAUCCUGCUGGGCGAUCUUUGUCGGAAGAAGCUCUGCGUGGAACCACAAUCAAAGUGCUCGAUGAUGACGAAAUUGAGGCAAUGCGAGUGGCUGGAAGACUGGGCCGUGAGUGCCUAGAUGAGGGUGCCAAAGCCAUUGAAGUCGGCAUCACAACCGAUGAAUUAGAUCGCCUGGUGCACGAGGCAGCCAUCGAGCGCGACUGCUAUCCAUCCCCGCUCAACUACUACAACUUUCCCAAGUCAUGCUGCACCAGCGUUAACGAGGUCAUUUGUCACGGCAUACCGGACUUGCGUCCCUUGGAGAAUGGCGACAUAUGCAACAUCGAUGUGACUGUCUAUCAUCACGGCUUUCAUGGUGAUCUCAACGAAACUUUUUUCGUUGGCGACGUCUCAGAGAAGCACAAGAAGCUAGUGCGCGUUACAUACGAAUCGUUGUGCAAAGCUAUUGAACUGGUGCGUCCUGGCGUGAAGUACCGGGAGAUAGGUAAUGUCAUCCAGAAGUACGUGGCGCCUCAUGGCUUCAGCGUCGUUCGCAGCUAUUGCGGCCAUGGCAUUCAUCGCGUUUUCCACACUGCACCUAAUGUGCCACACUAUGCCAAGAACUCUGCCGUUGGCGUAAUGGCCCCUGGACACUGCUUCACAAUUGAGCCAAUGAUUUCCGAGGGUGUUCAGAAGGCAGAGUCCUGGCCAGAUGACUGGACUGCCGUCACCGGGGAUGGCCUCUACUCGGCACAGUUCGAACAAACUCUGUUGGUUACCAACAAUGGUUGUGAAAUCCUCACGAAACGCCGUGAAAAAAACGGACAGCCAUGGUUCAUGGACAAAAUGUAGUUAUUAAAACGACUGUUCUUAAAUUGAGCUUUAAUUUAUUUUUACAAUAAAAUAUAAAGUUUGUCGUUUAA